AUGGCGUCUGCAGACUCUCAGGACUCUAGCCUACGCGGCCGCCUUGCUUCUGUGCUUCCCAGAGGCUACAAAUUCGGCAUUCAUCAUGUUUCGACGCCUCCCACCAAGGUUGACGCGCUCUACUCUGCACCUCCUGGCGAACGACCCGAACGAACAUACUGCGAGAAACACUUUCUCAGCGUCUCAAUUGAUAUUCCAGACACGUUAGCGAGUGCUCCAGAGAGCGAAAAUACAGCGGAGCAACCGACACAGCGGAAGCGAGUCCUCGUGCUCGGCAUCGAGAUCUUCAUAUACACAACGGCUCGAUCCACCACCUUGUUUGUAUCCAAGGCUGACUCUACGGGAUUUCUGGACAAAUUAAAGCUGCCAAAGGGUGCCCCUAGCCCCAUUCGAGAAGUCUGCGCGACCUUCAUACGAUACUUGGUAGACAAACGAAGGCGCAAAGACGUGCAGUUCGUAGUCAGCCUCUUUGCACGCGCGCAAGACCAGUACCUGUUCCCCGGGAGCGUCGAAUACCCCGGAAAACAUGUCUUGGACGAUCGUGGCCUCGUCAAGUGGUGGUGCCGGGUGCUUGACCCCAUCGUCGAGUCUCCUCCCGCUGGUAAUCUUUCCACAUGGCGAAACACCAAGGGACAUUUGCUUGUUCCUGGCCUUGAUGCCUACGAGACUCGUGCCUUCAUUCCGCGCCGUGCCGGUGCUGCGUCUUGCUGGUCGUUGAGCCACCCACUUGAGCGCAUUUCACACUACUACCGAGAGUUUGACUGGGUGCCACCACGAUGCCUCAUCCCCCGGUUCCCGGACGACCCCAAAUCACGAUUUCGUGACGAGCUGGAUGACGAAGUUACAAAGACCAAGGCGAUGAAGACUACAGGGAGCUGGAAAUCGGUCAAGACCCUGGACAUGUUUUGGGAGAUGAUGGCCUUCCGACAAGAGUGUUCGAGCGGUAGGAUGACGGGGUUCAUAUGGGUCGUGUUUGAUGACGUGGAGGACGAGCCAAAGCCAGAUGGUAGUGACACUGUAUCGGUAUCUAGUGCCUCAGUUGUGACCAGUGCGUUGGGUGUCACUCCCGAGACGCCCAGGAAGCAGAGAAUGGUGUCCAAUAUCACACCGACAACCACACCUAGGAGACUCUUCCCGCUCAAGGCAGAUCAGAGUGACCAGACGCCAACUAAACCAAAACGUGAUUCUGACAUUGAAGACAAAAAGACCAAGAAGAAGAAGUCGGCAAAGACCAAGAGCAAGCUCCGAGGCCCCAUCAAGCCUCGCCAGCCACGUAUCAAGACCAAGCAGCGCAACUACCUUCUAGACCAGCCCGUAUCGACUGCGUAUUAUCACUGGCCACCCCAGGGUCGAGGCGAGAGGAUCGUGGAUGAAGCCGACUAUAAGCGAAUUCACGAGCUUCUUCUGCGCUUGGACUUUGCCACGUUGGAAAAAGCCACAGGGAGCACGCGUCGCUGGCUAAGCGAAGUUGGCCUUGGAAGCUGGUGGGGAUUCGAGGUUACAGGGACACGGGAGCUUGCCGCGGCUGCUGGAGACGAGCCGGACCUAGGAGCUGCACCGGUCAAUAACCUGUCUGGGCUUGUUAAGAGGAAAAGGGCAGACACGGUGACGGAGGCAUCACAGGACGAGACGGCUAAUGGCAGUGGCGUCAACGUGUUGAGCGGCGGGCUUGUCAGGAAGAAACCUAAGAAAGAGCAAGGGGAUGGUGUUCACGAUGGCGGCGAUGUGAACGCUUCUACGGUCAAUGUGCUGGGCGCAGGACUCGUGAGGAAGAAGGAAAAGGCGUGA